AUGGCUACAAAAUUCCCAAAUUCAAAGAACCUUUGGAUCAGUAAUUCAAAGCUGAAGUUUGUUGAGAGAACGAAGUUGCAACCUUGGACAAAUUUGACAAUUUUUUGCUUUAAUGAGAAUGAAAUUGAGGAAUUUGCCGACGAUACUUUUGUUGAUUUAGUGAAUCUAGAAACAUUGUGGAUUUACAGCAACAAAAUCACAGAUUUAAGUGAAAUUCUGUUUAGAAGUCUUACAAAAUUGAAGAUUUUUGAUGCCAGAAAUAAUUUAAUCACAUAUUUACCUCCAAAAUUGUUCUCAAACAAUCCAAACUUAAAAGUCGUCAAUUUUAGUUUUAAUUCAUUAAAGAAAAUUGACAUCGACUUUAGUGAUUUUAAGAGCAUUAAAUGGAUUGUUUUUGAUGGUAAUGAGUGCAUUAAAGCUAGUUAUUGUAAGAUUUUUGACUGUUUGAAGUCUAUAAAGCAGAUGCAGGGGGUGAUUGAUAAAGAUUGUUGAUGAAUUGUUGGGAAUG